AUGAUUCCAAAGGCUCCUCUCGGCCUUUUUGGCCUCUUUUUACUACAGUUCGCGAACGGUGACCAAAAUGCAGAGCGAAUAAAACCCGAUCCCAAGUACGCAGAAGAUCGAGCGUACAUGGUUUUCAACGAGAUUCAUUCCGCUGGUCGAUUAUGGGGCUCAUCUCUGUAUCACAAUGGGUUCGGAUUCUUCCCAGCUACAGUACCUGCCGGUACUAUGUUCUAUCAUGGUUCCCGACAAAACGUGACACCACCAGGGCUGGAGUGGUUGGCCUUUGAUCUAGAGCAUGCCGAAAACUUUGCGCGCUCGUUCAAAUUUAAGCCAGGGAAAAGGCCUCCAGUUCCGGUUCCAGGCAAGGAUAAACCUGGUCAAGAGGAUGAUGUACUUGAAGAAGGAGGCCUUCGUGAGGAAUUACGGCGUCGCAGCGAGCGAAUCUCAAAAGAACUCCAUAUUCGGGAUAACGACGAAGACAGCGAUAUAAACGUUCGCGGUUAUCUGCAUUUGUAUCAGACAACCCGUGAACUCAACCUUCUCUUACUCGACGGAAUGAGCGCCGGCAAGACACACAUGGGCACACUAGACUCUCAAGAUCUUGUGCUCCGCGAGGACAAAGGCGACCAUAAAAGGAUGGACGAAAGGAAUCGAGCGGAUGAUCUUUGCAAAAUCGCAACUGAAUGGGGCUUUGAUGGAUUUGUGCGGAUGGAGAUUGGCGUCGAAGUCAUCAAAUGUGACUUUAGCAAGGACUUGGACCUGGUCAACAUGAUGCGCACAAAAUUGCGCGAUGGUUUGAUGGACAACAACGACUUGACCGCAUUCCAGUGGGUGAGGACUGUUGCAGAGAGAUACGACGAUAUUGGGGCCAACCGAUUACGGAUCGACUUUUCUUCCAUGGUUUCUGGCCUUUUCUUUCCCAUCAACAUCUCAAACACCGACCCGGAGCGACCGGACCUCAAAAGACUCGGCGCAGCAACACUGGAAGAACUUGUAGAUAUCAAGGUAUAUCUGAAGGAUGUACUGAGCCAGCCUCGCAGGUUCACCGUGAAUUGGCAAGGUGCGGUUGAUCUCAUCGUGACCAGGUACAGUAAGAGGAUUGCGCUCAUGGCAUAUGAGCCACUACCCUCUCACCACUUCAUCAAUGAAGUUCGGGGUGCUACGAUGACCUGGUAUGACGCACCUUCGUUGCCCGACGAUAUUUCCUUGAUGAAGAGAGGAGACACAAAUAGAACUGCUGAUGCCAUCGAGGAAUGCAAAACACAUUAUCUCAGGCCGGCUCUGCUAGUCAAGAGCAAAUGGAGUGUGGAAGACAGGUUGAUAUACACAUCUCUUGAUACAGUUAUGGGGGAAAUUUGUAAUACGCUGUAUUCUGUCCGUGGUCGUUUACUGGGAGCGUCAGAAAGAGAUGGCAAAGAUGACGCGGAACUGGAAAAGGCAGUUCAGCAUGGUCGAGCUGUGAUGAAAGAACUGAUGGGUGAGUUGGGAUGGUCAACUUGGAAGAAGCCUCAGGCUUGCGCACCGGACGAAGUGUCUGUGAUUGCUAUGUGGCCGUUUGGAACCAAGGAAGAUCAUUGGAAUCCUGGAUGUCGCUCCAUCGAUACUGUCCAGAAACCCAAUGGGUCAUACUGGGACGCGUGGGCACCUGGCAACUGA